GGGUGGAAAUAAUGAAUUCGAUUCGACUACUGUACAAAAGACAAUGUACAGGAAGUCGGCAAAUAUAACGAAUGGGAAGCAUAAUGGUGAAAGUAGACAGCAACUGAAGGCUUUAACUUUGUGGACGUGUAUUCACUCCAUAUUCAUGUUCUGGUCGUCAGACUCGGUAGAGUAGGACACAGCAGGAACUGAUGAACGUUGAGCUUGCUGGACCAUGCCCGCAGCUGGGACCUGGACUGGGUUCUGGUAGGCCUGAAGGUAAUUAGGAACGCCUUGGCCUAUCGGGUUUUGGUAAGCCCCCGUCGAGAUGUGAGGAUUGGUCCAACCAUAAGGAAAUCCAGUCCGGGAUUGAAGCCACCCAGCCCAGCGAAGUUAGUGUCAAAGCUGCUGGGUCCCGCACCGAUAGCAUUGAGGUUACUAGGUCCCGCCAUGGCAGCAUUGAAGUAAUUGCGUCCUGCCCUCGUAUCAUUGAAAAGACUGGGUCCCGCCAUCGUAUUACUGAAAUUAUUGAAUCCUGCCAUGCUCGCGUUGAAGCUAUUAGGUCCUGCCAUGGUGGUACCAAAGCUACUGGGUCCCGCCAUGGUACUGAAGUUAUUAGUGGCUGCCAUGUUGAAGUUAUCAAGUGAUGGGGCGAGCAAGUCCGCUUCCAAUGGUGGUUCAUGGUUGUUACUGGAGGGGCAGGUUCAACCCGCGGUGCCACAGGUCGCGAUCGUCCCCACAGUCCCUCUCGCUCUGCCUGUGUCAGAACUUCGAGCAGUCGUUGCCAUCUUGGAUUUGCGCGAUCUCCACGUAGUUCGAAGCUUCCGUCUUGGCGAAUCACGACCGAGAUAACCGUUUCUUGUGGGAUGGACCCCAAGAGUCUUUGUCUCUCCUCCGCGCUGAGCCCCGGACCUGCGCCUGGAGUGUCAUAGCGAGUUUGAGGGAAUCGGCGUUCGUCAGGCGUCG